AUGGGGGGGUACAUUUGGAUUGAGAGCGAUGGAGAGGGGUUGGGUGCGACGGUGACGUUUGUAGUGCGGCUGGUGCUGGAUCGAACCAAGAGGCAGAAUGUAGGGUUUAGGGAGAGAGGGGGGCGGGUUUCUAGCAGUAGGGCGAGGAGGAGAGGAAGAAGGGCAGGUCUUGAUGGGGUUGGUGGAGGAGAUGAGAGGAGCAAUGGAUUGUUAUGGAACAGUGGGUUCGAUGGUGCUUGUGAUGGUGUGGAUGGGGCUGAGGGCAGGGGAGGGGGGGCGAGGAAGGGUGGUGAGGAGUAUUCGUUUAUGGAUGGGGAUGACGAUGAUGAAGACGACGAGGAGGAUGAGGAGGAUGAGGAGGAUGAUGAUGAGGAUUCGGCCUUUAGUGACAGCACGGUUUCGUCGAUGGAUUCUUAUGUACAGGAGCUGGAAGGGGUGCAUGUGCUGCUAGUGGAGGACAAUGUGGCGAAUCGCAUCGCGACGCAUCAGAUGCUGCUGACGCUGCGGUGCCACGUCAGCAGCGUGGGCAGCGCGCAGGAGUGCCAGAUGGAGCUGACCACGCGCAAGAGCCCUGCAGUCCCGCCAGUGGAUGUCGUGCUGCUGGAUGUCUGCAUGCCAGACGUUGACGGCUUUGAAGUCGCCCGCCGCAUUCACUCCCUCUUCCGGCCUGACGAGCGGCCUCUGAUUGUGGGUCUCACUGCACGCACGGACAGUGGCAUGGCGGAGGCAUGUGUAGCAGCUGGCAUGGAUGCUGUAUUGCUCAAGCCAGUCACAGUUAGACAGCUGGCAGCUACUCUGUGUCACGUGCUCAAUGGCGUGUAA